AUGUGGCAUGCACACAGGGCGACACAAUGGGGUGCACUUUGUAGCCCUCCGAGCCGGACUGCAGUUGGGCUGGACAAUUUAGUGUAUCCCACUUGUACCCUGAACUGGCGUCAACCAAUCACGAGCCUGCAAUCGGACAAUCCAGCCGGUACAACUCAGCAGGAAACACGUGCAGAAGAGACGAACGGACGGACGAGAAUACACAAAAAUGUAGAAAACAAGCCGACUUUUGGGCGCAACGAAAUGAGCAGAUCUCACGAGGCCAGUGGAUGUCAUCUGGACGUAGCUCCUAAAAACAAUUUUCAGGCAUCAAGCCUGUCCCGGUCUCAUUAG